AUGGCGCAGAAAGAUAUGAUGAAUUUUUCAGCAUUAGGUAAAAUAUUUACAAUUGUUUUGCUACAAAAUGUUUGCAACUUUAAAGCAACAGUUGGAGUGAGCACAUACAGGAACAAUGGCAGCACAUAUUUUUGUCCAUCGUUUGGCAAAAUUACUCUGCGUUGGCAUGAAUUCCACCCAUUUACUCACUACAACUCAUCAAGCAAGGUUCUUGAAGGGAAUCUUGUAAAUUACAUGAGAAAAGCGCUUAAUAUCUGCUGUCCAAAUUUGGAGAUCAUUCAUGAAAAAGUAGAUAUCAACAGCUCUUGUGAGAUGGAGAUCCUGAUCCGUCAAACAGCACCUGACGAACCAAGAGUAUAUUUUCCGAUUUUUGCCAACCGAGGAGAUGGUGAACAGUUUGAAAGACGAUUUCUCGGACUGUUUGAUUCUCCAGGCCCCGCAGUUUUAAAAGUCAACCAUGGAAUCGCUUCGUCGUCAAAUGAAAUUCUCUACUUUCUGAAGGACGUGUGGACAAUAGUAGUGAUCAGUUUUUUACACGCGGUGUUGGCUGGAAUGAUUAUCUGGUACCUGGUAUGUACGUCAAGACACUCCUUUAACCCUUAUUAAUAAAAACCUAUAAGGGGAGAGUGGGAAAAUACGAAAACUCCAAUAACGUGACAUCAUAUGUUUUAGGUGUAUAAACUGAGGUCCAUUGCCUAGGUAUACAAGGCGUGGCUCAGGCUGAAUUUCAGUUGAGACCACAGGCAUGGUAAUCCAAAAAUAUCCGCUAAAGCAGUAGAAUUUGAAUGUGAGUAAUUACGAUAUGGAAGACAAUUUAUGUUUGAGUGAACAAUAGGAUAUUUUAUGUACUAUGCCAUGUGUGGCUGAAUGGAUCAUUACUUAGAUGUCUCUUCUGUUUCUGAAAUGACGCACGAUUUAAAAUAUUUAACGCUAAAACAACAAACUUAUUAUUUAGUUACAAUAUCAUUCAACUAAACUGAACCGCAGUUAGCAGAUGGUUAGUCUAUCACCGGAUUUUGAAAAAAGGAAAAGGCAUUCAUAUUGGUGAAAACUGAAAAACUACGAAUAAUCUAAAGAGAAACAAAACUGGAAAAAUUGGAUAAUAUAUUCAGAUCUGUUAAAUUUUAAUUUCACACAGUGUUUAACAACCCUGUGGUUUUUAAAUGCUAAGAAACGUACUGAAAAAAUAAUAACUAUCGAAGGCAAUCACAAAUGGUUUGCAUUAGAGAAAAGCUCAUUUUAAUCUGACACUGGUAGUAACUAACUAAUUUAGAGCAAUUAGAAGGCAAACUUGCGAUUUCUAUCUUCUAAUAAUUGGCCAAUUAGGUCUUCUAAUUGUUUUGGUAAAAUGCUGCUACUAUGUAUAGCAUGUUUUAGAGCAUACUCGGGGGAUUUUAAUCAAUUAUUUAUAUGGUUUUCACCAGCCUUUUCCUACCGACUCUCCAUUGUUGGUAAAUAGUAGUGUAUCAUCAGAAUGUGGGAUUUGCGAUAAGAUACUGCUAGAAUGAUAGAAAAUGGAAGAAGAUUGGUGAAAAACGUCUUGUGUUAAAACCUGUUGCACAUUUCAUGUUCCAGGAUCACGAGUCCAAUCCACAGCAGUUUCCAUCUGGAUCGUUAUAUGGAAUGGGGAACGGGAUUUGGUGGGCUUUUGUUACCAUGACAACUGUUGGGUAAGUUUCUAUGGCUACCAGUUUACAUAUGUAUAUAUUACUUGAAAAGGUCCAGUAAAAUGAGUGUCGCUUUUCGAUCCUACUCAUUUGCAUGGAUUAAUAAACACUGGGCUACAAAAAGACAAAAGUUCACACUAAUUAUCACUACCUUCAUAUUAAAUGUAGUCUAUACUUCUCUUGUACUGUUUCGAAUCUGGUCUUAGGCCUUCGGGGAAGAAGCGAGGAAGCAUUUCCCGAACAUCAGUAGUAUAGUGGGGACCAAGCCUUUUGUCUAUAUUUCAUGAAUAAAAUGCGCUGUAAUCUCAUUGAGAUAAGGUCAUGUGCUAUUUUAGGUGUUUUAACCUGUUGAAUAGGUUUUCUAUUUAUUUUAAGGUCAUGGAAUGUCUUGCUUACUGAUUGGUAGACUAAAAAAAGUAUUCAUCGGUUGAGUUAUGUUGUGGAAGGAAUAAGCGCUAACUCGUCUAUGACUUCACUAAAUCGUAACGUAAUUAUGUUAAUUCAUUUUACUUCCGCUUUAAUUGUCCAAACAAAUUGUUACAGUUACGGUUUGGUGGUUCUUAGGCGCAAACAUCGAGUAUAUUAAUGUGGAUGAAGGCAAACUAGCUUUAUCUUACGCUAAAAGCAAGUUUUUACUUACCUCUCUCGCCUUUCUUCUCCUCCACAAUUCAAUAGACUUCUUUAGUUUGUACGUUUUGUUUUCCCGAUGCAGGUCAUGUCCCCAGGGGUUGCCAACGAGCAGCCUGGAGAAGACGCUAGGCUGCGAGUUAGGCAGCAGCCUAAUAAAGCCGUGCGCGAAAGUUCCAAGGCAGAAUACAUCUCGAAUCGAUGUAACAUAAGGUAGUGUAGGUAGUGUAAGGUAACGUUUAUGACGUAAUGCAGAACAGAGAAUGCAUUAUUUUCGAGCGAACACGUGAUACAGAACAGAGAAUCCACGAGCCGUGUGCGUGUUUAUAAGUUUUCGUGCUCAUCCAGUCUUCAACCAAUCACGCUUAUAGUUGUCGCAUUUGCCCCCCGGAGUUUUUUAUCGUCUGCCGCGAAGAAAAAGUAAUAACGCCUCAAAAUUUAUUGUGUUUUGGAAGCAAAACAGUUCGGAAGGCUUCAUGGGCGCACCAUAAAUGUUUUCCUAAAAAUCAGUCUUCAUAAGCUUUACAAAGAGACCAAAUCUUUUUGUUGGAUAUUCGCGGACUUUAAUAUGAUUUUUCGAGGAUUCUAAGUUCGCUUAUAAGACCACCAAAUUUUACGCAAAAUGCCAUGUGCGCAACUUCAGACAAAAACGCGAACUUCAAUAUCUCAAAAAAUAUGCUAUGUUAUGUCGGGAUUUCAAAUUCUUUAUUCAGUAGAACAGUUUAGUUCACUAUUUUCAAGGUAAUUUUUGCUUAUUCAAUCGAAUUGAGUUUAAACUAUUUUUCGUAAAUUAAGGUAAUUCAUGACAUUUCUAGACAAAUUGAACAGCGCUCGCGUGUAGGUGAAAUCUUUGCUCUUUAGCACUUAGUGAUGGCGGAAAUUAAUAAUACUCUAGAGAACUGUUCCAUUUAAUUUUCGUGUUACUCAUUCCAGGCACGUGCAUAUCUACGCAGAAUUUAUGAGAAGACAAAGGGUAAAGAUCCCCCAAGACCUCUGUUGGGAAAACAAAACUUACAAGCUAAAUACCACAUUUAGGUUGUUUCCUUCUACCACCACCACCACGUUCUUUUCAACUAGUAAAUGUUACAGUAAAAGUGAGAGUCCUGAACAAAAACAUUUCUUGACGCAUUUACUGAAAUUGAAGGUACGGUGACAAAUCUCCCCACUCUACCCUGGCGCGUGCUUUUGCAGUGCUGUGGAUGAUGGAAGGAACAGUGCUGACAGCUCUGUUUGCUGCACAACUAACAGCUGAUCUAACGGCAGAUGAAAUCACCAAGGAGCUAAAUCUCAUCGACAAAAAGGUGUGCGAGAAUCUAUUGUUACUUUAAAUUUUGUUUGUUUUUUUGCUUGUUUGUUUAAUAAGAACGCGCUAUCAAAAAAGAAAAUAGCAACAAUUAAACAUCAAGAGCUUUUUUGUGUAGGUUGGAGUUCCUCUUGGCAUGGAAACAUUCCUGGUGAAAGAAUUUAACUAUGCUGCCCAUUUUGAAGGUAAGGGCUUUUUCAUUUACGAUAAUACUUGUUUAAAGGAAAAUAUAUACUUUUCCCCCUACUAAACACUGAUAUCCAUCACCAAAAUUUGAUUUCAAAUGCCUUCGAAGGAAGCAACGAAAAAUGUUUCCAUCGAGAUUAGUCUCCUAAACAGUGAUACUGUGAACUUUAUCCCAAAUUCGCCAAUCAGUACAGUCAAACCUCGUUAAUACGGACCGCACUAAAUGGAACACAGAACGUGGCCGUAUUAACUCGGUGUCCGUAUAAAGCGGGUCAUCUUAUUAAAGUAAAAAACCACCUUUUAUCAGAUAAAAAAAUGCCAAAGACAUGAAAAAGGGCAUUAGAAUCGUAUCGUCAUAUUAAACAUCUCUAAUCUUCACAAAGGCUCUAUUCUGCGGAAACAAUCAAAAAUCGUCCAUUUAUUCGCUCACCUUUCACAGCAUAAUUUGUUUGAUGCCAAAAAUUGACGUCCACAAAUCCCUGGGGGGGCGGGUACUGCCAUAUAUGGGCUAUAAAGGUAUGUGCCGCUGUGAAGGAUAUGGUUUUCAAGCAGUUUACUCUGGGAUAGGGUGUAUAAAUCAGAGAGCUUGUGUCUAGAAUAGGGUAUCAUUUUUCAGGAAUCUGAUCAGUUGGUUGAAGAUUUUAUCUAGACUAGGGAUUGUGGUAGGAUAGGGGGGAUUUGGGGAUUUUACUCUAGUUUUGGGUAGCAAAAUUCAGCUGAACUAGCUCUGGUAAUAGGUUAAGGGUUCCAGGGUCCCAGCGACACAUCCCCACCCCGAAAUUCCUAACGUACCCCCCCCCCCCCCCCCCCCCCCCACCACCCCCCCCCCCCCCCCCCCCGGGCUACAAAUCAUCCUAUCCCGUGUGUUGUAGCGCUGGAAACAUCGAGAUGCUGUCAACAACUGAAGUUUUUUUAACUUCAAAAAGGAAAGGUCUGCUACAGCACACAGUUGAUAAUGAAGUGUUCGCAUUAACGAGGUUGGCGUUCUACGAGAAUUUGUUGAUUGGGCAAGAAAUGAGUUUCCGUUGUCAGCAUUAAAAUCAAAUGGUCUUGUAGUAAUAUAAAGUUCUUUCAGAAGUAAUUGAAAAUAAUAGUUUGUGCAUUUUGUGUUGUAUGGGGAUUCAAAAAUAGGAACGGAACGUGCCGCGAUGGAGGGGUAUAAGCGCAAGGAGAAAGAAAUAGCUUCCUCUCUCCCCUCGUGCACAUCGACCGAACCUCUCCCCUUGCUGCCGUUCAUUUUUACGCUCUGAAUUGCUCAUGCGUCUGCUGCACAGGCCAGGCUUUUAACUUUGUGUAUCUUCCCUUUUUUAAGAACUAGAACAUUUCCAUGACCUGGAAGAAAACAUGGAAACUUACGAAUCAUUGGAAUAUCUCAUUUUUUUCGAUUACGUGGAGGCACAGGAACUUCUCAAGAAUGGGCACAUGAAAAAUAUUGUUAUAGAGAAAAACAUCGCCCAUAAGUAUUCAGUUGGCAUGAUCUUGAUUGGAAACUUUGUAGCAGAUGAUGAAAGCUUCUUUACAUGUUGGAGACGUGAACUUGUGGAUAACAGAGAAAUAGAGAGGGUAAAGUGAAACUUAAUUAGUCUUUAAUUUAGGAACAGCAAACCACCCGCCGAAUUAAUUUUCAAUGUGAAUAGUAAUCUCUACUAUUCUCUGUUAAUUUAUAUAUGAACUUCUGUAUGGGUAUUUCUGAGAAAAUAAAAGUAGCGACGACCGCCUUAGAUAAAGCGACGAUCUUAGAAAGUACUAAGUGAAUAUCGCAUUACCAUUUCAGUCAAGUCUAACAACGUUAGUAUAGUGCAAUAACGGCAAAUAAACCUCCCAAAAACGUGUAGCAAGUUCAUUGUUGUUGUUUUGCUUACUUUCUCGUUUCUAUUGUCGUUGUGGUUGGGCUGAGCUCGCUACCACGUUACCACACAAGGCAAUUCUUGAUACUAAAAUGCGACGAAUUCGUCGGAAAAACCGACGAUUUGAUGGAAAAUGUGCAAAGAAAUCGACGUCAACUGGUACCCAUAGAGAGGUUCAUAUACUGAAGGGAGCUUUAACGAAGCACUCAGUAACCCCUAUUCAUUCCUUUCAAAGGGCUAUUUCUGUUCAGAUAGCGAUAAAGUGUAUUGUCCUUCCAUGUACAGUGAAGCCCAAGCCCCGGUAUAACCAAGUGCCACGAGAUUUCAUUUAUAUCAGACAUAGACAUCGACAUACUCUAUUUAGACACGGUUAAAAACGUCAGUAUUUAAAAUGAUAUUCAAAAUCUAAACUACUGUUUUACGUUUUUUGCCGUGUGGGUCAACUGAGUCGAAGGCAUUGGUAGAGUACCAGGGUUUUUAAUAUGGGGUUUCCUAAAAGUUCUCAUGCGUUUUACCGCCGUCAGUUCAUUGUAAAUCGCAACUUAAAAAAUACGUGAUUCCAACUGUUUACUGCCAGCAUCGCUGCCUUGCAUACAAUGUAUUUGUUGAAGUUGGAUAGCGCUAUCCAGGCACCAGAUAAAUCACUAUCCGAUGGAUAAGUAUUAGGGAAACCAAUUGCACUAUCCGCUGGAUAGAGAUUUAUCCGGUGGAUAGCGUUAUUUACCUUUUGAAUUACUCGGGCCUGACUGAUACUAAAAAAUCAAUAGUGGAAUUCCCUUGACAGCUGCACCGCUCUGAACGGUCAGUUCUGGUUAAUGGAAAGCACCCUCAGUUUGAGCCACAAAAUUCUGCACUUACAUCUUUUGCAUGCUUAUUUCAGGCCCUUGAGAGGUGUGCAAAUAAAGAAAACGCGGAGAAACCUACCAAGGGGCAACUGAGUUUCAGUACCUACGUCGUCAUAACCAGCGCUGUGUGUUUAAUGUUUUUUCUGACCUUGAUUGUUAUCAGGGAAUACCGAAGGCUCAAAAGGCAGAAUAACGUUGUAGCAAUAAACAACUCAUGA